AUGGCCAAUACAGCUGCCCAUCAUGCCAAGGCCCUCUCCAGCAUCCCCGAUGUGGCGAUCCCUGCUAUGAUUCCGCCUACAACUCCUGAAUGCGGUGGCAUCCUAGCAGUUGAGUGCAAUAACUGCGCGGUAAAGGCCUUUACUGGUGGCCUCACUGACAUCUACAACUGCUUGGACGUAGGCCCGAGGCCACUGCCCAACCACCAGUUCUAUGCCUUUUCAGCCACCCUCAACGGUCGCAGUUACUUAUUCCUUCCCGAGGGGACUGUGUACCUUAGGCCGCUUGAGAUUCCGGUAAACAUGAGAGAAAUCGUCAGGGAAGCCAAGGGGCAGUUUCUUGACCAGUGGAAGGGCGUGUGGCGCACUUGGAAAGUCGGUGAGUUCGAGGUUCGGUUCGGCCUCUAUGAGAAUACUGAAUACGAUUCCACCAAGUCAAAGAUCAGGAGGUCGGUUAAGAAGUUUCAGAGGAUUCUUAACCACAAGUUUUGA